GCCUGUCACCAGUUGAUCCAAAUUCCCCCCACUCCAGGACUAGUAAAAGUGCGUGUAAUGCACUCGCUCUUGGCACUUAACGGGACCGUCACCCGCGUGACGGCAGAUACCAGACCCACUCACGGAAGGCACGCUCCGUCAAACCCUCCCACACACACCUUCUCUCAACGCUCCAUUCUCUUUCCCUAACGUCCCCGACGACGCCGUAACGUCCUCCCUCACCGUUAUGGCCUCUUGCGACGACGACGACGACUUCUCUCUACUCCGUGACGAUAACCACCACCUCCACCAACCUUACGCCCCGCACCACCACUUCUCCCCCUCCGCCGUCGCCGUCGCUCCUGUCCCACCCAAAUCCGUUGCCGACGACGCCGACGACUAUGGAAACCCCUUCGACGACGACGGUGGUAGCGAGAAGCGCAAGGACCGGGAAGAGAUCGGCGAGGGAGCCACGUCGUACGGAUUCAACAAGAGAUCUAAGGCUCCGCAGUCGAGUGCAGGUAGCGCGGAGUACCGGAAGGACAGGGAGGAGUGGAGCGACACGGCCAUCGUGUGCCUCCUCGAGGCGUACACGGAGAAGUUCACACAGCUGAAUCGGGGAAACCUGAGAGGAAGGGAUUGGGAGGAGGUUGCGUUUGUGGUGAGCGAACGGUGCGAGAACCAAUCGAAAAGCGUGGAACAGUGUAAGAACAAGGUAGAUAACCUAAAAAAGAGGUACAAAUUGGAGCGACAAAGAAUGAGCAGUGGCUGCAUUUCUACCAGUCACUGGCCUUGGUUCAAACAAUUGGAGCAGAUCGUCGGGAAUUCUCUUCCAGCCAAAUUCUCAGAUGAGGAUAAAGCGGUUGUUUCUGCCGGAACUUCGCCCAGACAAUCGAAGAGAUAUGGAGUGGCAACACCCAGCACAGGUCAAGCGAAUAGCAUUAGGUCAAAAGCACUGACAAACCUUAGAUGGCGGAGGGUAGUCUUCAAAAUUAGUGGAGCAGCUCUCACUGGAUCUGAUACCUGCAACAUGGACCCUAAGGUGGCUAUGUUAGUUUCAAGAGAAGUUGCCAUAGCUUCCCGCCUUGGUGUUGAGGUUGCGAUUGUUGUUGGAGGAUGUAAUUUCUUCUCUGGAGAUGCAUGGGUAAAUGCAACAGGUUUAGAAAGAUGUACUGCAUACCAAGUUGGCAUGAUGGCAACAGUGAUGAAUUCAAUAUUGCUCCAAUCGACUCUAGAGAAGAUGGGUGUUCAGACUCGUGUACAAACUUCAAUUGCCAUGCAGGAGUUUGCUGAACUAUACAAUAGGCAGCGGGCUAUAAGACAUCUUGAGAAAGGAAGAGUUAUUAUAUUUGGUGGCAUCAGUUUUGGUGCUGGCAAUCCACUUUUCUCAACUGACAUAGCUGCAGCUCUUCGUGCUUCUGAGAUUAAUGCUGAAGCAGUCCUCAAGGGUACCAAUGUAGACGGUGUGUAUGACUGCAACUCACGAGAUAACAAUUUCACUUUUGAGCACAUAUCCUUCAGAGAGCUGGGGUCAAGAGGAAUCACUUCUAUGGAUGCGUCAGCGCUGAGUUUCUGCAAGGAAAAUGCCAUUCCUGUCGUGGUUUUUAAUCUACUGGAGCCUGGGAACAUCUCUAAAGCUUUAUGUGGAGAACAAGUUGGCACACUAAUUGAUCAAACUGGAGCAGUAAGCUAACAGUUAAUUCAGCUUAUUCAAUUAUUGUUAGCCACACUGUCGACAUCAAGUUGAGUGGGAUCUUUGCCAUGGCUAAGAUUUUUUAAGAAGAAAAUAUCAAAUCCAGACAGAUUCUGUGGCAAGAUUGUAGAAAUCGUACUUUGGAACUGUAAUCACAAAUUCCCUUUCACUAAUUUUAGGUGGUGGUUGUAAUUUUAAUAAGCUUCUGUAAAAAAAAAAAAGAAAAAAAAGAGAGAAUGUUUUUGUAUAUUAUUCCUAGGUGAAUUGUAGAAUAGUAGUAAUGAAUUAGCAGUAGUCCCCCUUUAUAGCCGAUGUAAACAGAUGCAGAGUAAUUCAACUUUAUUUAUUAUUGCAACAGUACUAAUAA